GCUUUGGUCCAUCCGUCACCCCCUAUCCCACACCUUUUCUCUUCUGUCGGAAAUAUUGGUCUCAGAAGUACCCUUGGAAGUGAGAAGAGCGGGCCAUCCGUGAAGGGCAUAAUGUUCCAGGUGUAUGCUGUUGUUUUCAUCUGCUAACGCACCACCACCUUCCUGCAGAAGAGGAGAAAAGACGAAAGCUUGAAAGAAGAUGCAUAACUACAGAAUAGUGUUGCUGUGCCUUGUAGCAGGACUCCUCAUUAUACUACAGCUACCGAAAUCAGAGCCAGCAGCUUGCAGUGGGUGUGUGUCAGGAUCAAAAUGUGAUUGCUCAGGCGUGAAAGGUGAAAAGGGUGAAAGAGGAUUUCCUGGUUUACAAGGUCAGCCAGGUUUACCUGGGUUUCCAGGACCAGAAGGGCCUCCAGGACCAAGAGGAAUAAAGGGUGAUGAUGGACUAUCAGGACCAACAGGACCGAAAGGAAUCAGAGGACCUCCUGGCCUUCCAGGCUUCCCAGGAACACCAGGCCUUCCAGGUCUUCCAGGGCAAGAUGGACCUCCUGGUCUUCAGGGUAUCCCAGGAUGCAACGGAUCAAAGGGAGAACAAGGAUUCGCAGGUCUUCCAGGAUUACCUGGUUCACAAGGCCCUCCUGGAUCUUCUGGAUUUCCUGGUCAGAAGGGUGAACCAGGUGAAGUGUUUUACUCAACUCUUCCAGGUCCAAAAGGUGAAAAAGGUGAAUCGGGUCUUGCAGGACUUCCUGGUAGCAGAGGUUUUCCAGGGCCUUCGGGGCCUGUUGGUCCGCCUGGUCCACAAGGUUUUCAGGGCCCUGCUGGGCUGCCUGGUCCUCCUGGACAGAAGGGUAAUAUGGGUUUGAAUUUCCAAGGACGUAAAGGUGAAAAGGGAGAAACUGGUUUGCAGGGACCAGCAGGGCCUCCUGGACAAUUCGGUGAACAGACGAAAAUACCUGGGAUGGAAAUCUAUAAAGGAGAGAAGGGAGAAAAAGGUUCUCAAGGUCUAUCCGGCCCCAAAGGUGACACAGGUUUUCCUGGCCCCCCUGGUGGUGGUUUCAGGGGUGAAAAAGGUGAACCAGGUGAACCAGGAAAAAGAGGAAAACCAGGCAAAGAUGGUGAAAAUGGUUUGCCGGGUUCUCAAGGCAUACCAGGUCAACAAGGUGCCCUAGGACCUCAAGGAAGAGAAGGAGAAAAGGGACAAAAAGGAGAACCAGGUUUACGUGGUCCACCUGGUGUUGUUAUUCCUGGUCCAGAGCCUAGCUCAAAAGGGCAGAAAGGAGAGAAAGGCUCACAAGGUUUUCCAGGACCAAAAGGUGAACAUGGAUUUCCUGGUACAACUGGCUCUCCAGGGAAGCCUGGCUUACCAGGUUCUCCUAGCCCUGGUUUUCCUGGUCCAACUGGAUUUCCAGGAGAAAGGGGAUUAAAGGGUGAUAAAGGACAACCAGGAAUCUCUCUACAAGGCCCACCUGGACGACAAGGACCAAGAGGUAGCCCUGGACCUCCUGGACCACCUGGACCACCUGGCUUUCCUGAAGAAGAGAGCCCAUGCUUACCAGGACCACCUGGAAUUCCAGGCCUCCCUGGAGAUACUGGCUACCCUGGAGAGCUGGGACAGAAAGGUGAAAAGGGAGAAACUUGUAUCAACUGUAUAGGAGACCCCAUACCAGGACCCCCAGGACCCCCAGGACCUCCAGGCCCCACAGGUGGCCCAGGAAUUCAAGGUCCUCCUGGCCCAAAAGGAGAUGUUGGUUUCCCUGGUAAUCCUGGAUUUGAUGGUCCUCCGGGUUUUCCUGGAAGUGCAGGCCUACCUGGUCCUCAAGGCCCAAAAGGUGAUGCAGGUGAUACUGUUCCUCUCCCUGGAAUGAAAGGAGAAAAAGGUGAUCCUGGUUUCCCAGGUCUUCCAGGUCCUCCAGGAACUGAAGGACCAAAAGGUAGAGAUGGAAUUCCAGGUCCUCCUGGACCUAAAGGUUUGCCCGGUGUGCCUAUCAAAGGAGAAAGAGGUUCUCCAGGAGAUCCCGGUUCUCCUGGUUUUCCAGGUGAUAGGGGACCUCCUGGCCCUCCAGGAUUUGGUCCACCAGGCCCUUCUGGGGAAAAAGGUGUUCAGGGUGUUUCUGGUCGUCCAGGUGCACCAGGUGCUCCAGGUCCUAAGGGAGAACCUGGUACCACAGUAUCAGAACCAGGUACUGUUGGGUCACCUGGACCUCCCGGUAUUCCUGGAGAUAGAGGACUACCAGGUGAUCCUGGCUUACAAGGACAGCAAGGACGGCCAGGCCUUCCAGGAACAAAGGGCGAUCCAGGCUUGCCUGGGAUUGGGCUUCCAGGCAUACCAGGAGAAAAAGGUUUUCCAGGAAUGCUUGGCCCCCAAGGUUCACCAGGUGCUCCAGGCAGAGCAGGUCGUGAUGGAUUUCCAGGUGAACCUGGCUCUCCAGGACCAAAGGGAGAUCCUGGACGUGGUCUUCCAGGUCCAUCAGGUCCCCCAGGUUUACCAGGCGUGAAAGGCUUCCCUGGACCUAAAGGUGAUACUGGCUUCACAGGAGCUCCAGGUCCACCAGGACGCCCAGGCCUUGAUGGAUUUCCAGGCCCAAAAGGUGACCCUGGUUUGAGUGGCAUGCCUGGUCCACCAGGACAACCUGGCCAACCCGGAGUAGGAGCACAAGGUCCACCAGGUCCACAAGGUCCCCCUGGCCCACCUGGCCCCACAGGUGUGCCAGGCUUCCCUGGAUCAUUGGGUGAGAAAGGUGACCCUGGUCCACCAGGGUUAGAUAUACCAGGCCCUCCAGGUGAUGCAGGGCGUCCUGGACCACCAGGACCCCCAGGAGCAGUAGGCCCUCCAGGUAACCCUGGACAGCCAGGCCGUGAUGGAUUAUCAGGUACACCAGGUUUCAAAGGUGACAUGGGUGCAAUGGGAACUCCUGGACCACAAGGACUUCCUGGGCCUCCAGGACGUGAUGGAUUUCCUGGUACCAAAGGUGAACGUGGUGCACCUGGUUUUGGAGGAGAACCAGGAAGCCCUGGAUUAAGAGGUGAAAAAGGUGAGGUAGGAAUACCUGGUCUUCCUGGAACUGUUUCCCCAGAGCCCAUCAGAAGUGAAAAGGGAGAACCUGGAGUCCCGGGUAUUCCUGGGCCUCCAGGUGCAAAAGGAUAUCAAGGCAUUCCUGGAGAUCCUGGGUCUCCAGGACAAGAUGGACAACCUGGGCUACCUGGCCCACCAGGACCUAAAGGAAGUCCAGGCAUCCCAGGACCACCAGGACCAUCUGGCAUCCCAGGACAGAAAGGAUUACCUGGUGACAUGGGCUUACCAGGUCCAUCAGGUGUUAAAGGUGCAGAUGGUUUUCCUGGACGCCCUGGCCAAACUGGACCUCCUGGCCUAAAUGGAUUAAAGGGUGAGAAAGGAGAACCAGGAUUGCCAGGUAUUGGUAUCCCUGGGCCACCAGGUCCAAAGGGAGAAACAGGCCUUUCUGGGCCCCCAGGUGUUCCAGGCAUAAAGGGUACCAAAGGUGCUUCUGGUCAACCUGGAGUACCAGGCACUCCAGGUACUAAAGGAGAAGCUGGCCCCACAGGAUUUCCAGGUACACCAGGUAGUCCAGGUCCAAAAGGAGCGGACGGAUUUCAAGGAAGUCCAGGACCCAUUGGCUCUCCUGGGCCACCAGGCACUGCAGGAAGACCCGGUAUACCAGGUCCUCCAGGAGAAAAAGGACAGCCGGGUCAAGAUGGCAUUCCAGGACCUGCAGGAGAAAAGGGGGAAGCAGGUCAGCCAGGUGUUGGGCGACCAGGUCCACCAGGUCUUCCAGGACUUCCAGGACCAAAAGGAGAUACAGGGGCAUCUGGCCCUCCAGGAAAUCCCGGUUUUCUAGGAAUAAAAGGUGAAAGGGGCUUACCUGGACUGUCUGGCUCCCCAGGCCCUCCAGGACCAGCUGGUGCACCAGGCCUGCCUUCAGAAGGUCGUAAAGGUAAUCCCGGUUUACCAGGUCCACCAGGAAGAAUAGGUCUUCCUGGGCCUCAAGGGCCGCCUGGUCCUUCAGGAACUUCUGCAGAAAAGGGCGAAAAAGGAAAUCCCGGCUAUCCUGGACAACCUGGAUUGGCUGGUGCAAAAGGGGAUCAAGGACAACCAGGGCUGCCAGGUGAUUAUGGCCGCCCAGGUGAUAGAGGGCUAAAAGGAGAUCUUGGCUUCCCAGGUUCCCAAGGUUUCUCAGGUCUAAAAGGGGACAGUGGCCCACCAGGAUUAACUGGACCCCCAGGCAAUACUGGCCCACCAGGGUCACCAGGUGACCAAGGACCACCAGGCCCUCCAUCACCCUUGCGCAUUGUAAAAGGAGAACCAGGUUUGCCAGGUAUUCCAGGUCAACCUGGCUCUAAAGGGCAGACUGGACUACCAGGUCCUCCAGGUUUUCCAGGUCCAGCUGGAGUACCUGGUGAUCCUGGUCCAGUUGGGCUAACUGGACUUGAUGGUCCACUAGGUCGUAAAGGAGACAUGGGUUCUUCUGGCCAGCCAGGUCUUCGAGGUAUCCCUGGUCCACCUGGUCCAGAAGGUUUGCCUGGACCCCCUGGCACUUCUGGACCACCAGUCGUACAUGGAUUCCUGAUAACCCGUCACAGCCAGACUGCAGAAGUACCAGAGUGUCCACAAGGAACAUCCAGCAUUUAUGAUGGAUACUCUCUACUUUAUGUACAGGGUAAUGAGAGAGCCCAUGGUCAAGACUUGGGUACUACUGGUAGCUGCCUGCGUCGUUUCAGCACUAUGCCUUUCAUGUUCUGCAACAUCAACAAUGUAUGCAACUUUGCUUCAAGAAAUGAUUAUUCUUAUUGGCUUUCUACUCCAGAGCCUAUGUCAAUGAGCAUGGCACCAGUGACAGGACAGAAUAUUCAGCCAUUUAUCAGCAGAUGUAUAGUUUGUGAAGCACCAGCCAUGGUAAUUGCUGUUCAUAGUCAGACGAUCCAGAUCCCUCCUUGCCCUCAAGGCUGGAAUUCCCUUUGGAUUGGAUACUCCUUCAUGAUGCAUACCAGUGCAGGUGCUGAAGGAUCAGGCCAGGCGUUGGCUUCUCCAGGGUCUUGUCUAGAAGAAUUCCGUGCAGCUCCCUUUAUUGAAUGCCAUGGCCGUGGGACCUGUAACUACUAUGCAAAUUCAUACAGCUUCUGGUUAGCAACUGUUGAGACUGAUGAAAUGUUUGGAAAACCUCAGCCGGAGACACUGAAAGCUGGAGUUCUGGGAACACGAAUCAGUCGUUGUCAAGUCUGUAUGAAGAGGACGUAACAUCUCAGAAAAGGCAUCUUGCAUUAGAUGCUUAAAAAUAUAAUACGCAUUAUCUUCCAGUUGCAAAACUGCAACAGUGAUGCUGCUUUGCAGAAACUAAGAGGAACUGUUACUAUAUCUGUUUUCUUUUUCAAAUGUACCUCAGUGAAGUGCCAUACUUAGGACUACCUGGUGCAUUUGACGAGAGAACCAUGGGGCCAUACUGUCGAUUCCCAUGAAGUAUAAGUGGUGCUAUAGUUAAAGUAAAAAGGACAAAGACGAUGCAGUGGGUUCACUAAGAAGCAAAAUGGCACUUUUUCAGCACAGAAGAAAUGCACUGAAUGCAUUCAUAUAAUAAGACUAAUUUUUUGGACAAUGAUUUUCAUGGUGCUACUAACAUCCUUUCUCCCAGAUUUUUAAAUAUCAGAUAUCAAGCUUUCAAUUUUCUUUGUUUUGUAAAGUAAUACAAUAUGUUUAUUGUAUAGAACUCCUUUAGUAGAAUCCUUGAACUUUUAAUAUUUAAAGCAGCAGUCAGUUAUGUCAUAGAAGCUUUGUGCUUGCACCAAAAUACACAUUUCAAGAACUGAAUAAAGUUAUGUUUAAUAUAACCACUGUAGACAUUGUGAACUGAAAAGAGAGCACUCAACUGCUUAUUUCUUCUAGCACUGCAUUAUACAUGAACUACUGAUAUGAAAUUUAAGAUUUACCCUGAUGAAUCUGGAGAUCGGCUUAUUUACACAAUGUAAGAUGUAUCAUACAGAUUGUAUUUUAGUAUAUAUUGAUCACAAUUUUAAUAUUGAUAAUGUACACAGAAUUAUUUUUAUUUUAGGGGCUCCUAAUUUUUUUCUAUUUUUUGUAUAAUGUGAAACUUGAAUUAUUAGCCAUAUGGAGACACUAACUUGAAAUAAGCAGACUUGAGUAAUUAAAUUACCUGACUGCUCUGUUUACUAUUCAACAGACCUCUAUUUACCAAAGCAUUCAGACAUUUGUCAUGAAGUCUGUCCUUAGUUUGAAAUAUUUUUUCAUGUAUGUUAUCCAGAAUCGCCAUAAAAGUUUUAAACAGUCACAAAAUAAAAGAGGCACUGAUACUAAUUUGAUAUAAAA